AUGGGAGAGAGAGGUUUGGAGUGGGAUGCAGAGUUGCCAAAGGAGUUACGGUGCAAAUGGAUAAAGUGGUGCGCUGAAAUUGAGGAAUUAAACGCGUUGAAAAUAGAGAGGUACUACUUUACAGAAGUUCUAAGUAAAGGUCAGUCGGUUGAAAUUCAUAUUUUCAGUGAUGCGUCAGUAGUGGCAUAUGGAGCGGUGGCAUAUUUUAGAUAUAAGAAUGAGAGAGGAGAGGUGACUAUUCCAGAAGAAGAAAAUGCGUUAGACAUUACCAAAUUCAGCAGUCUCGAAAAAUUGUUGAGAGUUACAGCUUGGGUAAAGCGGUUUGUCGCCAAGCUAAGAAAACGUGCCUGUGAAGAAGGUCCUCUUACUGUAUUGGAGAUCCAAGAAGCUGAGGAGUACUGGAUAAAACAAGUACAGAGAGCGAAUUACUUUUCGGAUAUUCAACAACUAGAGAGGAAUAAUCUAAUAACACCAGAUUCUAAGCUUUACAGUUUAGCACCAUAUCUGGACAGUAGAGGUAUUUUGCGUGUCAGAGGUCGUUUGGAACAAGCAGAAUUAAUAGAUGACGAAAAACAUCCCAUUAUUCUGCCCAAAACGAAGUUCACCGAACUAGUGAUAUUUAGUGAACACAUAAAAGUAUUCCAUUCAGGAGUCAUGGCAACAUUGUCCAAAGUCAGGAAUAAAUUUUGGAUACCUAAAGGAAGACAAGUAGUAAAGAAAGUUAUUAACGCUUGCCUGGUGUGUAAAAAGUUCGCAGUGAAGCCCGCCAAACAGUUAACGGGUCAGUUACCCAGAGAUCGUGUAGUCCAAAGUAAUCCUUUCACAGUUGUAGGCAUCGACUUAACGGGAGCAGUUACUAUUAGAGAAAAAGCGGAUAACCACAAAAAGGUGUACAUAGCCUUAUUUACAUGCGCCGUCACUCGUGCUGUACACAUUGAAGUGGUUUCAGAUAUGUCAGCAAAAAGUUUCAUUUUUUCAUUACGACGUUUUUUAGCAAGAAGAGGGAGCUGCAAAGUGAUUUAUUCAGAUAAUGCCAAGAAUUUCCGCAGCACAUGUGAAAUAAUUAAAGGAUUUAAAAGAAUCAAAGCAGAUCCAAGUGUGAGUGAUUUCUUGACAUCCAAAGAGGUAACAUGGAAAUUCAUACCUGAGCGUUCCCCAUGGUGGGGAGGGUUCUGGGAGCGUUUGAUGAGAAGCAUCAAGGAACCUCUGAAGAAAAUCUUAGGGAGAGCAUUACUGACUUUCGAAGAGCUCUCUACAAUAUUAACUGAACUCGAGUGUGUGCUAAAUAAUAGACCUCUUAACAUACGAGAGCAACGAGCUGGGUGA